CAAUGGGUGCCGGCCCAAAUAAUUGGCCCGUGGGAAAGGGUCAUGGAGUCGUCAUAGUCCCGGGGCGAGUGUGGUCCACGCGCUCGCCCUUCCGCUAGUGACUGCUGAACCCCGCCGACAUGGCCAAGGGCCGGAAGCUGACCACCAGCCGGAGCGACCGAUACCUGGACAGCUUCAGCUACGGGAGCAACUACGGCGGGAACGGCUCCCAGGCGACGGAGUUCGGGGAGGAGGAUGUCUGGUCGGUGGUAGACGAUGCAGGGAACGGGGCCCACGGCCACGAGGACACGGACAGCAGCCAGAGCGAGGGGAGCCUAAGCUCCGCCGGCGAGAGCAGCAGGAGGAUGGCGAUUCCCCGGACCAACCAGAGCCGCCACGCAGGGGGGCUGUCCCUGGCGUUCGAGGACCCCGCUCAUGCUUCGCCGAGGAUCCUGCACCAGUUCCGCGGGAACGACGGGGCGAGCCCAAGCAGCGGUGGUGGUGGGAGGAGCAUAAACAUGGCGUCUUCAGCCCCGGUCAACGUCCCGGACUGGAACAAGAUAUACCGGGUCGACUCUGUGGAGUCGAUGCACGACUCGGACGAGGAGCGGGACGAGGAAAUGGUGCCGCCGCACGUGUACUUGGCGCGCAGCAGGAAGAUGCUGGCCACGUCAGUGUUCGAGGGGCAGGGCCGGACCCUGAAGGGCCGGGACAUGAGCCGGGUCCGCGACGCGGUCUGGAGCCGGACUGGGUUCGACGGUUAAAAGUGAAAUUAACUAGAAAAGGAAGGCAAGACAUGAUUGAAUUUUUUUGGGCUCCUGGGCGAUGAUCGGCCGAGCUGACUCGGUCGGAAGGUGAGCCGGCUCGGGUCGGGUGAGCCAGAGAAAGCUCCGCUUCUUUGUCGGAUUCUGAGGUCCUCUCGGUUAAUUUCUGUUUUUUUUUUGGCUGGAAAUUAAUUAAAAUCUGUGAAAUGAGUCUCGGAUUUUCUGUGUGUCGCUGAAAUCAAAAAAUUAAUGUGUUUUGUUUUAUCUAUGUAGUGAACAUAAUCGUAGUGUUUUUUUUCUUUUUUACUCUCUUUUUGUGGUAAAAGAAAUUGUAUUGACUUAAUGUAAAUCUACAUUUUUGUGCCUA